UCCUAUCCAUUCCAAGCGCCCGCCACACAAGCAGAAACACAGGCGGGAGAUGGGGUGCUGAGAGGAGAGCUCCAGGAUCCAUGGCGCCUGUGGUGACCGCUGCGCUGGGCGCGUUGGGCCCUCUGCUGGGGAAGCUCGCUGAUUUGCUCGCCGGCGAGUGCAGCCGCCUGAAAGGGGUCCGCCGAGAGAUCCGCUCCCUCCAGUCUGAGUUUAAAGUGACCAUGCAUGUCAAGGAGGUCAUCGACCGUGGCCCAUUUCUAACUGAAGGGUUGGCUGAUGAGUUACUCCCCGACGAAGACGUAGAUCUCAGCCGCAAGCACACUUUCACAACCUGGCGCGGCAAGAUAGAUGGUACUGGACCUGGACCAUAUGGUAAUGCUUAAGCGCAAAGAAGUGCAGAUGUAGUGUUGGAUAUGCAGG